CCACCGGGACCUUUGAACUAUUGAGACGUUAGGGCGCAUGUGCAGUUACCUCAUAUUGUAAAAAACGAAAAAGUCGUUUUUUGUUGCUGGUUUGAAACUUUAGACUUCUAUUUAUAUUAGACCACAAUAUUUGUAUUUAUCCCGUGCUGUAUUUUUCAGUAUAUUUUUCUUCUAUCAGUUAAUUAGGUUUUAAGUGACGCACGUUUAUUGUCAGACGGUCCCGGUACGGCUGUUAAUGCAUGUCCGUCCUCUGGCAUGGCAGACAGUAAUGGACUUUUAAGGUUAACAUCCAACAACGGACUGCUGGAGCAAUGUUCAGGUAACGGCAGUAACCCUGUGGUCCGACACAAGCUGAAACCCACCGGGAAACAUGAGGCUGGGACUAAUGUUAGCCUGCUAAGUCUGGCAAGCGAAGAGGACGAUGAAGUCCAGUUUGACACUUCUGACACAGAUGAUAACCAUGAGGUGUUAAUGGCUGGUAGACAUUACCCGUCUAUUCAAGAGUUUGCCUCAGCAAUCCCCAACCACCUUCUCCUGGGGUCUCUGCUGGAGCACCUGUGCUUCGUCUAUGAGAGUAAUCCAGCACGCUCUCGUAUGCUGUUUAAAGUCAUUGGCCAGCGUUUAGCAGCCAUGAACCUCCUCUCACCACUGGCCAUAAGUGAUGAGUUCAGCACCGUCAGACUCCAGCAUAACCGGGCCUUCACUGAACUUCUGAAUGCUGCCAGCUCCUCACUGUACCCACAGAGUCUCAGCACAAACACACACAAUCCCUCUGUGAGACCUAAGGAAGGACUAUUUCAAGCACAGACGUCACGGUAUCUUAGUGAGUUUGAAGAAAUCUGCAGACUUGGGAAAGGAUCAUAUGGAAAUGUUUUUAAGGUUAUGAAUAAACUUGAUGGACAAUGUUAUGCUGUGAAGAAGAUUCUCAUCAAAAAAGUCUCAAAGGAUGACUGUAUGAAGGUCCUCAGAGAGGUCAAAGUGUUGUCCAGCCUGCAGCAUGUAAAUGUUGUAGGCUAUCACACUGCAUGGAUGGAACAUGUUCAGCCUGCAGCACAUCCUGAGUCUCUCCUGCCUGCACUGGAAUCACCUGGAAAACAAGACAGUCCUGAUGAGAGCCCUGACAGUAGCGAUACCGGCUCCUCUAUAGUUUUUCGAAGCCUCAGUCAGCCUCAGUCAGCUGCAGCUGCAAGUGCCAAAGUAUCAACCACAGAGACCCAGUUUGUCACAGCUUUAGUUCCAACCCAAGAGAAUGGCCAGGUGGUGUGUCCCAAGACGAUGCGCCGCAUCCCUGAGAACUACGUCCCCUGUGUGUUCCUGGGACAGCACGCUCCCAUAAAGAGCUCCAAAUGUCCUGCCACAGGUUGGGACAGCUCAGCACUGUUAGAGGAGGAGUCCAGCAGGAGUAGCAUCGAGCUGAACAACAACUUCUGCAGGGACAAGGAAUAUCAACAGUGGACUGACAAACGCACAACAAAGCCUUCUAAAGAGGUACAGUUCCACCUGAUGCUCUACAUCCAGAUGCAACUGUGUGAGCGCUCACUGAAGGACUGGAUCUCUGAGAGAAAUGCUAAACCCAAAGAAGAACAAACCUCGAAAUGUCCUUAUGGAUGUGUUGAUACUGAACACACUCUCAGCUUGCUGAGAAGCAUACUUGAAGGGGUGGAGUACAUUCACUCCAGGGGAAUCAUGCACAGAGAUAUAAAGCCAAGGAACAUUUUCCUCCAUGCUAAUGACUGGCAUGUUCGGAUUGGGGACUUUGGUUUGGCCUGCAGGAAUUUAAUACUGGAUGGACAUGAAAGCACCACCACUCCCAUCAGUGAUUCCUCACAUACCACAGGUGUUGGUACAUUUGUCUAUGCUGCACCAGAACAAUUGAAUGGCUCCCAUUAUGAUUCAAAGUCAGACAUGUACAGCAUUGGAGUGCUGGCUCUGGAGCUAUUCCAACCCUUUGGGACCGAGAUGGAGCGGGUCCGGACCCUUGGGGACCUGACAGAGGGGAAAAUCCCAGACUCAUUCUGCCACAGAUGGCCAAUCCUGGCCAAGUACAUCAUGAAGCUAACAAGUAAAGAGCCAAGUGUACGGCCCACGGCCAGCCAGCUCCUACACAGUGAACUCUUCUGCAAUAAGGACAUGGUGAUUCAUGGUUUGCAGAGACGGGUUGAAGAGCAGGAGGAAGAGAUCAUGCAGCUGAGGAGACAGAUCAGUCGGCUUGAGAGCUCACAAGCCACAGUUCAUGUCUCAGAGUCCAACAAGACCUGAGCCUUAAAGAUUUCAACAAUCAACAGACUGUGAAGACAUGAUUUAUUCAACCACUGCUGUACUAUGGUGACUUAGUGCAAGUGGAUGAACAUGAAUGUGUGUGUGUGUGUAAGCAUCUGAGCGUGUCAUGUAUACCUGGAUGUAAGGGUACAAUUAUUUAUCUUCAUUCAGGUGUUAAAUAAAACCUAUUUCUGCUA